ACACGGUGGGUGGAUUGGAGUCAGUUUUUCUUUAACAGAGCUUUGCAUAGCUUCUACCACAAUCCGCAUUCCGUGCUUCGGUUCAUUUGCUUGCUGCGGAAUAGCUUUAUAAGUGCAUUUCAAACUCAUAGAAAGUGACCAGUGUGUUGUGUGCUUGCACAACAAAAUAGACUUUUAUCAUUUACGUGUAGCUUUUGAGAACUUUUAUACCAUACUAUGACCACAUACACCGAUAAAGGGCCGAAACCGGAUGGUGGAAAGUUUCUUUCGUUCGAUCACAUCACAUUCUACGUCGGUAACGCGAAACAGGCGGCCAGCUUCUACACGACGCGUUUCGGGUUUGAGGACUACGCGUAUCAGGGUUUGGAAACGGGCAGCAGACAGCUCGUGAAGCAUGCCGUCCGCCAGGAUCGGAUCGUGUUCGUAUUUGUGUCGGCCUACGAGCCGGGCCAUCGUGAACUCGGAGAUCACCUGGUACGACACGGAGACGGAGUUAAGGAUGUUGCUUUCGAGGUAGAGGACCUGGACGUGAUCGUGCGCCGUGCCAAGGAGCGCGGAGCAAAGGUGGUGCGCGAUGUGUGGGAAGAGUCGGACGAACAUGGCACGGUUCGGUUCGCGACGGUGCAAACGUACGGCGAUACGCUGCACACGUUCGUGGAGCGCCAUCGCUACCGUGGCCUGUUCUUGCCAGGGUUCAAGCCGCCACUACACAACGAUGUUUUGCUGCGCAUGCUUCCAACGGUCGGUUUGAACUUUAUCGACCACGUGGUAGGAAAUCAGCCCGAUUUGCAGAUGGAAUCGGUGGCCGCCUGGUACGAGAAGAUGCUGAUGUUCCACCGUUUCUGGUCGGUGGACGAUAGCCAGAUCCAUACGGAGUAUUCCGCUCUCCGUUCGAUCGUUAUGACCAACUACGAGGAAACGAUCAAAAUGCCAAUCAACGAACCAGCCAAGGGAAAGAAGAAAUCCCAAAUCGAGGAGUACGUCGAGUACUAUGGUGGUGCCGGUGUGCAGCAUAUUGCACUCAACACCAACGACAUCAUUGGCGCUAUUCGUAAUCUACGAGCUCGUGGUCAGCAGUUUCUUUCCAUCCCGGAUACGUAUUAUGAUCAGCUGCGCCAGCGUCUGAAGUCGAGCAGCGUGAAGAUUAAGGAGGAUCUUGCCGUGCUGCAAGAGCUCAAGAUUCUGAUCGAUUACGAUGAAAACGGUUAUCUGCUGCAGAUCUUCUCCAAAAACAUGCAAGAUCGGCCCACACUAUUCAUCGAGGUGAUUCAGCGCCAUAACCACAAUGGGUUUGGUGCUGGCAAUUUUAAGGCGUUAUUCGAAGCUAUCGAGGCGGAACAAGAAAAGCGAGGAAACCUGUAAACGGCAUGGACGCAACCCUAAUAACGUACUUUAACGAUUGUUUUUUUUCACAAAUAGCGUCAAUUCAAACAUGAUACAAACAAUGCAUUAAUAAAAAUAAUUCAUUUGA